CUAAUUCAAAGAAACAGCCGGGCAAGUUCCCUUUCUCUGUAGGAAUAAUUAUCAGCCCCCUCUCCAUGGCCCACCUGGGAGCCCAUUUUGCCUUUAGAUCCCGCUGGCAGAAGACCGACAAUGAACUCUGUCGACAUAGCAUGUCCUUUAUCCUUCACAAAGCUAUUCGCAAUGACUUCUUUCAGAGCUAUCUCUACCUGCUGGAAAAAAUUUCCCUGGUGAAAUUGUAUGCUUUAACAAGUCAAAUCAUCAAUGGUGAGAUGCAGUUCUAUGCCAGAGCUAAACUUUUCUACCAAGAAGUACCUGCUACAGAAGAGGGUAUGAUGGGAAAUUUCAUUGAACUGUCCAACCCAGAUAUCCAGGCUUCUCGGGAAUUUCUUAGGAAUUUUGUUGGGGGCCCCGGGCGAGCUGGGACAGACUGUGCCUUGGAUUGCGGCUCUGGGAUAGGAAGGGUCAGCAAGCAUGUCUUGUUGCCGGUUUUCAACAGUGUGGAGCUGGUGGACAUGAUGGAAUCGUUCCUCCUCGAAGUCCAGAACUAUCUGCAGGUCAAUGGGGACAAGGUAGACAGUUACCACUGCCACAGCCUGCAGGAAUUCACGCCUCCAUUGGGCAGAUACGACGUCAUCUGGAUUCAGUGGGUCUCUGGGCACCUGACUGAUAAAGACCUUCUUGCGUUUCUUUCCCGGUGCCGAGCUGGCCUGAAAGAAAAUGGUGUCGUCAUACUGAAGGACAACGUGGCUUGACAGGGCUGUCUCUUCGAUCUCUCUGACAGCAGUGUGACUCGGGACAUGGACAUCCUCUGGAGCCUCAUUAGGAAGAGUGGGCUGGUGGUGCUGGGCCAGGAGAAGCAGGAAGGUUUUCCAGAGCAGUGCGUCCCGGUGUGGAUGUUCGCGUUGCACAGCGAUGGACAUUCCUGACUGGCAGUGGAAUGCAGGGGUGGGCUGCACAGAGCGCUUUGGGGCAGAGGCCCUCUCCUCCUAGUUCAUGGGGUGAUGGAGAGAAGAGAUGCAAUGCAUGUCUGGAAAUGAUGUAGUAUGUAAAAUUUUCCACUGAUUUUAUAAGGACAUGCACACACCCAGUAGAUUUUCUGGACGAUGUAUAGAGUAAAACAUCAGGAAAAUUGUUUUAAGAACUACUUGUAUACACCCAAACUAUACAAGUGAACACAAAAACAGAAAAGGGAUCAAUAUUAAAUUCUAAACUGUCUUGGUCUGUGAAGAUUUGCAUUAUGGAGUAUCCCGGGAGGGUGGGUUCAAGUCUAGACCCCCUUUCUCUGCCCUCAUGCUAGUUACAGUCUAUUUCAUUCCUCUUUAGGACUGCUACUUCUCUUAGACAAAAAAUCUCUAUCUAAUUAAGACAGCACCAGUCAAAAUAGUCUAUGAAAACAAAUC